ACACCAAUUUAAGAGAGAUGGGACUUUCAUGGGAUAAUUGUGUUGCUGUUUGUACCGAUGGUGCAGGUGCAAUGGUAGGUAAAAACAAAGGACUUAAGGCAAAAGUUUUAGAAGUGGCUCCUCAUGUUAAGUUUACACACUGCAUCAUACAUCGUGAGUCUCUUGCGAGUAAAGCACUUGAUUCUGAGCUUCACAGUGUUCUUAAUUGUGCAAUCAAAAUUGUAAAUCACAUAAAAUCUCGUCCUGUGAACAGCAGACUGCUAGCCACUCUUUGCAAUGAGAUGGGCUCCCAACACGAAGCAUUGCUUUUUCAUACCGAAGUGCGAUGGUUAUCGCGAGGAAAGGCACUCGGUCGGCUUUAUGAACUGCGUGAGGAAGCAUACUCACUGCUGAAAGAAUCAAAACCAGAACUUGCCCACCACCUGAAAGAUCCAGACUGGUUGUUAAAACUUGCGUAUUUGGCCUGUAUAUUCGAAAGACUCAAUAUGCUUAAUCUGUCAUUACAAGGGCCAAACACAAACAUCCUCACAAUGAAUGACAAAGUUGAUGCAUUUAUGAAAAAACUGGAAAGAUGGGCUGAACGAGUUGAACAAGGUAAUGUGGACAUGUUUCCUGAGCUGGAGGAACAUCUGGAGGAGAGCGGACUGAGUCUUAGCAACGUAAAAGUACACGUCACUAGUCAUCUCCGCAGCCUUCUGGAACAAUUCCAUAAAUACUUUCCACAAAACACACAACCAGAACUGUAUGACUGGAUACGGCAACCAUUUUCUGAAUCGCCGCGUCAUCUCCCCUCAAAUCUGGAAGACGCUUUGCUGGAGCUGUCCAGUGAUCGAACUUUAAAAACUUUAUUUUCCAAUUCCACACUGCCAGAAUUUUGGAUUGCAGUAUCAGAGGAAUACAGAGAGUUAUCUGGUGUGGCAAUGGAUGUACUGCUUCCAUUUGGAUCUACAUAUUUGUGUGAACAGACUUUUUCGGCCGUUACAUACAUGAAAAAUAAAUACCGAUCACUUCUUAAUGUGGAAGAUGAUCUGCGAGUAGCCGUAUCAACUAUAAAGCCACAGAUUAAACUUUUGUGCUCCCAAAAACAAGUACACCCAUCCCAUUAAAGGGUAAGCAUAUAAUUCAUUGGAUAAUAAAUAAUUAAA